AAACAAACGAGAAAGAAGAACGAAACAGAAACAGCGGGCGAUGAUAUACGCCGCCCUCUCCAAGUCAAAUUAUCCCAAAAGAGAUAUGGUCUCCAAGUCAAAAUAAAAUCAAAAUCCUGAUCUUUGUUUGCCAAACAUAACCCUCAGAUUGCACAAAGCUCAGAACCUCCAACCUUCUCUGUUCUCUCUCUCUCUCUCUCUGUUCAGUCUGCUGUGUUCGAAUGGAGAUGCUCAGUAAGUCCAAUUGUGCUGCUGAUUUCGACAGCUUCGAUUACUCUCUGCUGGAAUCUUUGGUGGCGGAGACUGCUAUUCUUGCUGACAAGUCUCUUCUUUUACUAUUUCUGCUGGUUUUGUCUUCAGUUAACAAAAAGAAUGUACUGCUGGAUUCAGUGACAACAGAUCAGAGGUUUCUAACUUCUGACCUUAAUAAAGUGAAAGAGCCUGAUGCUGAAAACAGCGAUGCAGGUGAAGCAGAGGGUGACAAUGACAGUGACAAUGGCGAUGAGGACGAAGAUGAUGGUAAUGACUCAGAAGAAGAUAGUGAUGAUGAUGAAGAGGAUUCUGAUGAUGAGCUUGUGGCUACUGGUUAUGGAGAAAGUGAUGACGAGGAUGAGGACAGUGAUGAGGACGAGGAUGAUAACAGUGAUGAGGACGGGGAUGAUGAUGACAGUGAAGAUGAGGAUGACGAAGAGCAAUACAAGUUGCCUUCACAAAGAAAGAAGUGAAUCAAUUCAUUUCCCUGUAUUCUUUGGCUAUAUCCUUGGGAGCUGGGGUAGGCUGCAUACUUGUUCUUAUUAUGUCAAAUUUUGUUGGGAUCAGUCUUCAAUUUGAAAGACAAAGAAGAAAUUCUUUUCCUUUUGUUAAUGGAUGAUAGAUCUCGUAUGGCAAAUAU